AUGACCAUAGACGCAUCUCCAAACGUGCUAACAUCAGUAGCGAGCAUAAUGGCGCCCGAGCUGCCCUUGAUACUCUCUCUUAUUUUCGGUGGAUGUUGCAGCAAUGUCUUCGCUCUUGAAGUCAUUGUCAAAGAUGUACCGAAAAGUGGACACUUGGUGACUUUUGGACAGUUUCUAUUUGUUGCACUGGAAGGUUUAAGGCACCAAUUGGAGUGGGGAGAAGGACUAUUGCCUAUACGUUUAAAGAAGACCAAAGUGCCUUUGUCACGGUGGAUGCUCAUGGUGGCAUUAUUCUUCGCAGUCUCUGUACUCAACAAUCUUGCACUUGGAUACCGGAUAUCAAUGCCCUUACACAUCAUUUUCCGCAGUGGUGGUUUAUUUACUAGCAUGGUGAUGGGCGCACUCGUUCUACGGAAACGAUAUCCUCUCGGUCAGGUGGUCGGUGUAGGACUAGUCACUCUUGGUGUGAUCUGGGCAACGUUGGAUAAUGCGGGAAUGGAUAAUGACUCUCAGGAAAAUGCAGGGUCAACAGCCGAGUUUAUGACAGGCAUUGCUAUCUUGGUGGUGGCUAUGAUUCUAUCAGCCUUGAUGGGCUUGUUACAGGAACUCACUUAUAAGAAAUAUGGCAAGCAGUGGCGUGAAGGAUUAUUUUAUACUCACUUUUUGGCGCUUCCGUUCUUCAUGCUAUUUUAUAAGGACCUGGUAGCCAAUGCCACCAUUUACUCAUCAUCUGCCGUUGCACCAUUACCGGCACUCUUUGAGCAAGUGCCUGUACUGGGUCAUGCGCUGAAUACAUUGCUGCCGACUCCGAUUCAUGACAUGCUUAACCGUAUCCAAAUACCCAAGUUAUGGGCUUUUCUUGCUCUCAAUGUUUUAACCCAGUAUGCGUGCAUUGCAGGCGUGAACAGGAUGACCGCAGUGGCAAGCUCCUUGACUUUGAAUCUUGUACUUAAUCUACGCAAAUUCACAUCACUUUUAUUAUCCAUAUUAUACUUUGAUAACGAAUUUGGAACAGGUGCUAAGAUGGGAACAUGUCUCGUGAUUGCUGGCACCGUCGUCUACACGCAUGCUGGCAUUCGACAAUCCAAAACUAGUGUUUCGAGUAGAGAAAAGACUAACUAG